GCCUCCACGAACUAACUCGAGGGCGUCGGAGGCGUGCAGCACGGCUCGCAAAGGGCGGUUGUUCGCGCCGACAGUGCCGUCUGGUGUGAGUUGCGCCUACAAGGCUGUCUGAGUUGAAGGGAACCAGCCGCGCCGACAGGGCUGUGUGGAGCGAGCCACUCGCUAAAGAUAGGGCUAUCUGCAGGGAGCCGGCCGUUCUGACAAGGUUUGUCUGUUGUGGACCAGCCGCUCCGACAGUGCCGUCUAAAGUGAGACGUGCGUGUCGACAGUGCCGGCGUCUGAAGUGAGAAGUGAGUUUACCGCUGACCCACUGUGCUGUCGGGUGAGAACUGCGUCGACAGUGCCGUCUGAAGUGAGAAGUGAGUUUACCGCUAGCCCACUGUGCUGUCUGGUGAGAACUGCGUGGACACUGGACAGUGCUGUCUGAAGUGAGUCAGCAGCUCAGUGCUUUGCGCGAGCCACCUGUGCUCAGCUGUGACGGUGAUAAAGUGAUACAGCAAAGAGUAUUCUUCAAAAUCCUUGGGGAGUGAUUCAAAGCAGCCGGUUUGGUUUUGUGUUGAGAUAAGCUGUUUUCUUUGCGAGUUCUCUGAAACGAUGUGGAAGAAAUUGACUACGGUGAUUCUGGUGCUGGUCCUGGCGCUGGUCUGCGGCGUGGGGUCAGUGAGCUCAGCCACAGUCCGGAGUCACCCUCGCCGGGCGCGACAGGUCUCCUCUGGUAGUGGUGAUGCCGUCCUGUCUGAAGGUACCGGCACCACGCUGCUGAUACGUCCGACUCUGCUCCAGCUGCCCCCAUCGCCGGCUGAUCAGUCCGAGUCAGAGGCCAGCCAGGGGCCCGAGUCAGCGGUCAGCGAGGGGCCCGGGUCAGCUGCCACCCAGGGACCCGGCAGUCAGCAGAGUCAGGGUAGUCCCGGGGAGGCCUUCAGCGGUUUUAACGGAGUGACGAUCCUUAUCCGGCCGACGUUAAUCCAGCUGUGACCCUGGCGAGAUUGUGCGGCGAACACUUUGUGGGAACCAACAGCCGAUGAAGGCCAGAUGUCGGCUCUUCAGGGGCUCAGAAGUCAAUGAACUUUGUCUGCAUUCCUUCGCUAUGUUGCAUUAAUGUAGCGCUUCAUGCAUAUUUGAUCCAGUUUUAUACAAAUUGGGUUAUGAAUACGAUCAUUUUCUGUAGUUCUGGUCGGUCUCAUAAAUAUGCAACAUCUUUUACAAGAUUCCGAAUGAUAAUGUAUUUAAACUGUCUGACUCCUUGCAGUUUGGUUGAAGCGUAGGUAAGCGUGUCAUUUGAUAUCAAAAUUUAUUUUCUGCUGGAAUGAAGGCACACACUUCUCAUGAUUAUGUCAAGCAGGCUCUGAAUCCUAAUUCCCGAGCAGAUUAAACAACUGCAGAUCGAUUUCGUUGUUAAACUGAUUCCUCAUAGGUACGCCUGGUACAGUGAGAUUAUUUUAUUGGAAACGUGCUUUCCUAGCAAUGCAUGCAAGUUGUGCAAACUUCCGAUUGACUGUUCGGGGUUGCAUUGCUUGCUACGUAUGUGCUGCGCAGGGCCUCGGGAUUUGAUAUUCAUUCAGUGUUGUGUGCCUAACGGCAGUCGGCGCCGUCACUUCAUUCAGAGUCGGAGUGUCAUGUUCGGAAUAUGCGCCGUCGUCACUCGCUCUGAUGACUCCAGUGUGCCCGUCAUCGCUCACCCAUGAAUAGUUAAUACCCGAGUGGAGGGGUCGAUGCCCGCGUGGCGUGAUGUCCUUGUAUAUUAAACACGGACAGCGAUGCGUCAGAUUAUUAUGCCUGAUGGUGCAUUGAAGAUUUCCCUAUGACGAGUCUCGCGUGCUUUUUAACGAUAGAACAGUAUGUCCCCCUUUGAUAUCUCUCUGUCUCAUUUAUCUUGUAACCGCUGAUUUUUUUGUGCGCUGUUCUUUCUCCUAUCCCACGUCGAUUUGAUUCUACAUAUACCUGCUUACCUAAGGCUCUGCUGUAAGGCUGUUUCAUGAUGGGCAUUACCUCUUUGCGCUGGUUGUUUCUUGAUGGGCAUUACCAGUUUGCGCUGGUGUUUGAACGAAUGUUCUUGAAUAUAUAAAUAGCAUCAACAGUCACUGUCUGGAU